AUGGGUUUUCGUGCACCUAUGAAUGGUUUAGCCAAGAACUCAAAAUCUUCAGCUUUUGCAUCAUUUGAUUCUGUAUCUGUCAUGCAUAUAGUAAACAAAGCAAAAGAUAAGAUAGUACCCGAUCCACAGUUCCAUAAGAGCAUUACAGAUCAAGGAAUUCGACAUUAUCAAGAAAAGCUAUCUCCACUAUUUCAAAAUUCUUAUCAUGGUGUAAGCUCAAACACCAAUGAGCAAGAUUCUCCCUAUAUGAAAUCACCGGUGACAUUGCAGCAUGCGUUGAAUGUACGUUUGGAAAGUAUACUCAAUUUAAAUGUUCGACCGGGGGAGCCAUACUUUGUAUUAUGGUUCUUAAUUUCUAGUUAUUUUCCAUUGAUUGCCGCAUGUCUAGGGCCCUUGGCAAACAUGAUAUCGAUCGUCGCCUUAGUUGAGCAUUGGAAAUUAGAUAUUAUUACGAACAAAAAAGUCCCUGACAUACCAAAGGUAGUUGUAAUGAAUGCAAUUUCAUUAGCGUUGGGCUUGAUCGGCAAUGUUUCGUUGUUGAUGAACUUUUCGCGAUCAGUCAAGUAUUUGGUCAGUCAAUCGGUUUCUAUAAUUGCAUGGCUUUGCGCCAGUGCCUUGCUUGCAGCAGCACUUUUGGUGACAAAUAGAGAAUUUGGUGGCGAGAAUCCAAAGUAUGUUCCCUCAGAAGGUUUUUAUUUUGCGGCAUUCACAUCUGGUAAUUAUUUUGUAUGUAUGCUUAUUUUGGUAAUCAAUUUCAUGGGAUUUAGUUUGAAGAAAUAUCCCCCCACAUUUAAUCUAGAUCAAAAGCAGAGAACAUUGAUGUUAUUCACGAUUUUGUUUUCUAGUUGGACAAUAAUAGGAGCUUUCACUAUGGGAUCUUUGAUAGAUGAUAUAAGUUAUGGUUCAGCAUUGUAUUACUGCAUUGUUUCUUUUUUAACUAUUGGGUUGGGUGAUAUUUUACCUAAAACUUCCGGUGCCAAGGUUGCUGUCUUGGUGUUCUCUUUAGGGGGCGUGUUGAUAAUGGGGUUGAUUGUUGCUACUCUUCGUCUGGUUAUACUAUCUUCUGCAGCUCCAGCUAUCUUUUGGAACGAUGUGGAAAAGGCCAGAACAGCCCUAUUGGCCCAAUUGGAAAGAGAAAACAGAGAGCUAACACUGGAAGAAAGUUUCCAUGAAAUGAGGGUACUAAGACGUAAAGUGAAAUCCAGACACAAGAAGGUAUCGUUAGUAUUGACUAUUACAGUAUUCAUGAUAUUUUGGCUUAUUGGGGCGCUAAUAUUUCAAAGAAUUGAGAAAUGGUCGUAUUUCAACGCCAUGUAUUUCUGCUUUUUGUGUUUGAUCACCAUUGGCUAUGGUGAUUAUGCACCCAAGACCAGUCUCGGACGUGUCUUUUUUGUUUCAUGGGCUGUAGGGGCCGUCCCUUUGAUGACCAUCUUAGUCUCAAAUGUUGGUGAUGCAUUAUAUGACAUUUUCAACGACAUAAGUGCCUGGUUUUCUACCUGGAUGUUUUCCACAAAAGAAGAAUACACAGAUUUGAAAAGGAGGAAAAAGAGGUUGCAGGAGGAUCAAGAGGACCAGCUUACAGUAAACUCUGAGGCAGUUCGCAGUAGCGAGCUUGAUGAAGAUUUGGAUCUUGCAAAAAUGGAACGUGAAGCCAGCCUUGAAGCAAGUGAUGGUGACUCCAAUGGUAAUAUUAGGACCGUUAGCAAUAACGAGGAAGAUAUUCUGAAUGAGGAUAAUGAUACUUGCAUUACAAACGCAAGUGGCUCCAAUAUGCAACAAGACAAAGAGAAUAAUUCUUGUUCGGAAAGGUCUGUUUCUAAAUCAGGAAAACAAGAUUUCAACAUUGAAAGAAUACGGCAAAAGAUUGCUUCUAAGAAACAAGUACAUGAAAUGCUAAUAGAUUAUUUGGAAAAAAUGAAACCUUUGAUUGGGGACAGUAUUGAAUCACCAAACAGAAAGUAUAGCUAUAAGCAAUGGAAAGGAGCAUAUGAUGGGUUCUGGUUGAGUGAAUCGUCGCCUUUGAGAUUGCCUUUAAAAGAGCCCAAUUAUUUAAUUUUGAAAAUUUAUUUUGAAAUUGAAAUGAUGUUGCGAGGUUUGGUCGACAAGGAGAUAGAAGACUUAAAAGCGAUGACUAUACAGGAUGUGCCUAAUGGAUCUUCUCCAAGUGCUUCAACUGAUAGAAAUAUUGCAAGAACAAUAAAGUUUGACGACGAUAAAUGA